AUGAGGGAAACAGCAGUGGGGUCCGGUUCUAAGUCAGCACCUAAGUCAGACUGGGAAUCUGAGUCACCUCAGAAACCCAAAACCCAGCCAGAGCCUGGGUUAGAAAGGAUACCUACAACCCAGUCAGGAUCUAAGGCUCAGCAGGAAUCCAGUGUUCAACAGGAACCUGUUUUACAGCAAAGACCCUUCACAGAGCAAAAGUCCCUUGUCCAACAUGAAGCUGAAUCCCAGCAAGAACCUAGAGCCCACCAAAAAUCAGCUUCACGGCAGGAGCCUGAACUACAGCAGUCGCCUUCCAUGCAAGAGGGGCCCUUUACUCAACAGGAAGAUGUCUCGAAACAGGGGGGGAAAGAAGCAACAACCCAACAGGAAACAGAAUUGAGAGCAGAACCUGUAGCCCAGUCAAGACCUGUGUCAGUCAAGCCACCUCUAGCUCAAGGGGCAGCUGAAUCAACACCUAGAUCUGGACACAAACGGAAACCUCUGGCCCAAACUGAAUCUACAUCCCAAGAGAGAUGUGAACAAGAGCCAGACCCUACUACCCAACAAACCUCUUCAGCCAGAUCCCAACAGGGAUCUUUGACUGAGUGUGGCUUUCUAGCAAAACUACAAGAAUUGUCCCUAGAGCAAUCUGCCGCAGAAUGGAAGACGUUUUUCGAGUGGGCCACAGAUUCCGAGUCAGAAUCAGAUCUGGGAUCUCUGUUCAAGACAGAUUCUCCAGCCUCCAAGGAAGACACUGUGGCCCAGAGAAGGAAGUUGCCCUCCCAAGGAAAACCUGGGUGUGAAGUGGUGUCCAAAUAUGAUAGGGUAUCCUCAUCUGGGAAGAGACCCAAGAUCCAGAAUAACAAAAACUACCGGAACACAGCCUCCCGACUAACACACGGCAUGGAUCUGCACACCAUGACGCAGUCGCUGGUGGCUCUGGCAGAGGACAAUAUGGCUUUCUUCUCCAGCCAGGGCCCAGGGGAGACAACACGGAGGCUACUGGGCGUCUUUGCAGGUGUGCGGGAGCAGGCACUGGGGGUAGAGCCAAUCCUGGGCCGCCUGCUGGGCGUAGCUCACCUCUUUGACCUGGACUCAGAGACACCUGCCAACGGAUAUCGCAGCCUCGUUCACACCACCCGCUGCUGCCUGGCCCACCUUCUCCAUAAAUCACGCUACGUGGCCUCCAACCGCCGCAGCAUCUUCUUCCGUGCCAGCCACAACCUGGCUGAACUGGAGGCCUACUUGGUUGCCCUCACCCAGCUCCGAGCUCUGGCUUACUAUGCCCAGCGUCUGCUGGCCAUCAACCAGCCUGGGGGACUCUUCUUUGAGGGAGAAGAGGGCUUCAGUGCCGAAUUCCUGCAAGAGUAUGUCACAUUGCACAAGGGCUGCUUUUAUGGCCGCUGCCUGGGCUUCCAGUUCACGCCUGCCAUCCGGCCGUUCCUACAAACCAUUUCCAUCGGGCUGGUAUCCUUUGGGGAGCAUUACAAGCGCAAUGAGACAGGCUUGGGUGUGACCGCCAGCUCCCUCUUCACAAGUGGCCGCUUCGCCAUCGACCCAGAGCUGCGCGGGGCCGAGUUUGAGCGGAUCAUACAGAACCUGGACGUGCACUUCUGGAAAGCCUUCUGGAACCUCACGGAGAUCGAGGUGCUGUCGUCUCUGGCCAACAUGGCAUCAACCACUGUGAGGGUCAGCCGCCUCCUCAGCCUGCCUCCUGAUGCCUUUGAGGUACCUCUGACUGCUGACCCUAAGCUCACCGUCACCAUCUCACCCCCACUGGCUCACACGGGUCCCGCGCCCGUCCUCGUCCGCCUCAUCUCUUACGACCUUAGGGAAGGACAGGACAGUGAGGAACUCAACAGCCUGGUGAAGUCUGAGGGUCCACGGAGCCUAGAGUUGCGGCCGCGGCCCCAUCAGGCCCCCCGAUCACGCUCCCUGGUGGUGCACAUCCACGGUGGUGGCUUCGUGGCCCAGACCUCCAAGUCCCACGAGCCCUACCUCAAGAGCUGGGCUCAGGAGCUGGGCGCCCCCAUCCUCUCUAUUGACUACUCUCUGGCCCCUGAGGCCCCUUUCCCCCGGGCACUUGAGGAGUGCUUCUUUGCCUACUGCUGGGCCGUCAAGAACUGCGCCCUGCUUGGCUCAACAGGAGAGCGGAUAUGCCUUGCUGGAGACAGUGCAGGUGGGAACCUCUGCUUCACUGUGUCCCUUCGGGCCGCAGCCUAUGGGGUGCGGGUGCCAGAUGGCAUCAUGGCGGCCUACCCUGCCACCAUGCUGCAGUCCGCUGCCUCACCAUCCCGCCUCCUGAGCCUCAUGGACCCUCUGCUACCCCUCAGCGUGCUCUCCAAGUGUGUCAGCGCCUAUGCCGGUGGGGAGACAGAAGAGCACUCUGACUCAGGCCAGAAGGCGCUAGGCAUGAUGGGGUUGGUGCGGCGGGACACAGCCCUGCUCCUCCGAGACAUCCGCCUGGGCGCCUCCUCAUGGCUUAACUCCUUCCUGGAGCUCAGCGGGCGCAAGUCCCACAGGACUUCCUCAGUGCCCUCUGCCACAAUGCGGCGCAGCGUAUCAGAGGCAGCGCUGGCCCAGCCCGAGGGCACGCUGGGUGGCGACCCAGUCAAGAGCUUGACAGUGCAGGACCUGAGUCUCAAGGACAGCUCCGGGACAUCAGACACCUCCGAGCUGUCACUGUCGGCUGAGACACUUGGCCCCUCCAAGCCCUCGGACGUCAACUUCUUACUGGGGUCGGAGGAAGUGCCGCCAGAUGAGCCUAAGAUCGCUGAUGAAAAGCACACCCAGGACCUCUCCCACAAGGUCACCUUCCCAGAGGGCUUCCAUCCGCGGCGAUCGAGCCAGGGAGCCACGCGGAUGCCCCUCUACUGGUCGCCUAUCGCCAAGAACCCCUUCAUGUCACCGCUGCUGGCUCCGGACAGCAUGCUGCAGACCCUACCACCCGUACACAUCGUGGCGUGUGCGCUGGAUCCCAUGCUGGACGACUCCGUCAUGUUUGCGCGGCGGCUGCGUAGCCUGAACCAGCCCGUGACGCUGCGCGUGGUCGAGGACCUGCCGCACGGCUUUCUGAGCCUGGCCUCGCUGUGCCGCGAGACGCGAGAGGCAGCUGCGCUGUGCGUGGCGCGCAUCCGCCUAGUCCUCACCCCGCCGGGCCCCGCCGCGUCCGCUCCCGCCACAGCGCCGCGCACACCGCCAGCCUGA